AUGGCAGCUUCCCCCUCUUCAUCUGCUCGUUGGGGAUUCAUUUACUUUCACCCAACACACACAGCAGCUAGUCUUUCCUUCGAUACUAUAUUCAUUCAAGAUAAUAAUGAAACCACCAUAGACCUGCGCGCCUCCAUUAUCCAUGGCCUCCAGCGAGAUCCCCCGGAGCUCCCCUCCGUCAUCAUGUGGGAUGCCGCCGGCCUGAGCCACUACGAAGCCCUCUGCCACCACCCAGCCUACUACCUCCGUCGCGCGGAGGUCGAAAUCCUCUCGCAACACGCGGCCUGCGUUGCUCAAACAAUCCCCGCCCACGCAGUCAUCAUUGAACUGGGCUGCGGCUCGCUGACGAAAACCGGUCUGCUGCUGUCGGCACUCGCCGCCCAAGGCAAACCGAUCGCCUACUACGCUCUGGACCUAGUCGCUUCGACUCUCGCGGCUAGUCUUCGGAGUCUGUGUACGGCCUUCCCGGCGGAAGGUCCCGUGCAGGUUGCUGGGCUGCUGGGCUCAUAUGAGGAUUGUCUGGGCUGGAUCCCGGAGCUGUGUGGGAUCAGGGGAACCGGAGGGGAUAUCGUUGGGGAUGGUCCUGCCGCUGCGACUCCACCGUCCAUUCACUUCCUGUGGAUGGGCAAUACAAUAGCCAACAUGGAAUUAGUCAAGGCAGCCUCCUUGCUGGCCUCCUUCCGACAGGCGUGUGCGGCCGUUCCGUGUGCGUUUGUCGUCGGGGUGGACGGCUGUCGUGACGAGGAACGUCUCGCAGCCGCGUACGACAUGUCCCAGGGCCCGUUCUACGCAUUCAUGCGCAACGGAUUGGUGACAGCGAACCGACUUCUCGGUGCGGAGGUCUUUGAGCCUGACUUGUGGCUGGUCCAGGGAAGCUUCGACGCGAAGACUAAAAUGAUGCGGUUCGGGCACCAGACAGAUGAGUCGGUGACGGGGACGUGGAUUCAGCAGUUGGUGAGCGGGAAAUGGACGGCCAACGAUGUUCAAGAGGUAGCAGAUCUCGCGGGAUUUGUUCUGUCGAAAAUUUGGGCGGAUGAGGCGGGGUCGUAUGGUAAGUCAUCGCAAUGA